AUGACAUCGCGCCUUGCCGGAAUCGCAAAGCACUUUUUGAAAAUGGGAGCCACCAAGUCUGACAUUACCCUCUACACGGUCAACACGCCCAAUGGCAUCAAGGCCAGCAUCCUGCUCGAGGAGCUCAACCUCGACUACAAGGUCCACGCCAUCAAGAUGAGCGAAAACGAGCAAAAGGAGCCGUGGUUCCUCGAGAUCAACCCCAACGGCCGCAUUCCCGCCAUCACCGACAAGUGGACCGACGGCAAGGACAUUCGCAUCUUUGAGUCGGGCGCCAUCCUGCAGUACCUGACGGAGCGCUACGACAAGGACUACAAGGUCUCGUACCCGCGCGACACGCCCGAGUACUGGGAGAUGACUAGCUGGCUCAUGUGGCAAAUGGGCGGCCUUGGCCCUAUGCAGGGCCAGUCCAACCACUUUAAGCGCUACGCUCCCGAGCAGAUCCAAUAUGGCAUCGACCGCUACGGAAACGAGACGCGCCGUCUGUACCGCACCAUGGACGACACCCUCAAGAAGAAUCCCAAGGGCGUUCUGGUCGGUGACAAAGUCACCAUUGCCGACAUUUCCGCCUGGGGCUGGGUUGCCAGUGCCAAGUGGGCUGGUGUCGACAUUGAAGAGUUCCCCGCUCUCAAGAAGUGGCUCUUUGAGCUGCUCAAGCGCCCCGGCUUUGAGGCCGGCCGCCACGUCCCGACGCCGCACACUGCCUUUGACAUGGCCAAGCUUAGCGAAAAGGAGCUGGAUGAAAAGGCACACGGAUCGCGGGCUUGGGUCCAGGCUGGCAUGAAGGCUGAUGCUAAGAAAUAA